UGCUUCUUCCCCCCCCCCCGAGCAGGGGGGUUCCCAUGGCAACGGGGCCCCCAGUGCAGGCUGCUUCCCCCUGAGCAGCGGGGGUUCCCAUGGCAACAGGCCCCUCCAGUGCUGGUGAAAGGGGCCAGAUUGACAACCCCGGAGACAUCCCCACAAGUACAUCAGAGGCAACUAGAGAACCAAUUCCCUUAAAAAACGCACUACACUGGGUGCCUUCUCCCUUCCCUGGAGGGACACAGUUUAGCGGGUCCCCUUUCUCAGAUGUCCCUGGAAGAGAAGGCAGGGUGACCAGCAAGUAAGCUGUGUUUGGAUGGAUGAGCCCAGAGCCUCCUGGGGAAGCAAAUACCACUGGCUGCCUCGUGCGGAGACCACAGCCACGUAACAUCGUUUCCCAGGUGAACAGGCCCAGCUGCCUCGCAAGAUGCGCAUCACGUUCUGUCAGGGGGUCCUAGCGCUCGCCAUUCUCAUCAAUCUGCUGAUACUGUACUACGUCUCGAGGCUGCAGCAGCGGAUGUUGCACAGACACAGAGACCACGUCCAGCCUAGCUCCCAGCUGCUGCCUGUCCCCCAGAGGCCCGGGGUGACCGUCAUCAUCAGGGAGUUCGAGGACUUUGAGAACUACGUCCCUGAUGUGGUGCAGGCCUUCCUGAAACAGAAGCCGGAGCAGCCAGUCAUGGUGGCAGCAGAUACCUUGCCGUACCCUCCGCUUGUUUUACCAGAUGCUCCCAACGUCCAGCUCGUGAUCCUCAAGCCAGCCCCUGACCAGCCUGCCCAUGUGUCCAGGCCUGAUAUGUACGUGAAGACGGAGUAUGUGGCCCUGGUGCCUGAUGGGGUCAAGGUUGAUUCCACAAGGCAGCUGGAUCGUAUGUUAGAAGAGUUCAAAGCCAACCAGGGCAGAGUUCAAAUGGUGGCAGCGCCCGUGCAGUCCCUCGCUCCCCUCCAGUGCUUGAACCUAAAGGUCAGCCUUAGAAAGUGGACUGCCGAAUACAGCGUAGCGCCUUCCACCAGGCUCUGCACAGCUCUGAAGGGAGACGCUGUGAUUCUGCUACGCACAAAGGAUCUCUUCAACCUUUCCACUCCCUUGGCCAAGCCCCUGCUGACCUCCCUCUUCAUCCAGACAUCGCUGCGGGGCUGGACGGUCCGAAUCCUUGACGUCUCCUUCUCCUCAGCCCACCAGCCUCUGCUCAGCUCCUCGCACAACCAAUGGAAGGCAGAGAACCGCGCCAAAGCCAGCCGGCUGCAGCUCUUCCGAGACUUCGGCAUCAAGCGGGUUCUCCUGGAGGAUGGGAAGCAGCAGUGGUUUGGGUGCAGCAAAGAGACGCCGCGUUGCUUCGGCACCGUCCAUGAUGAUACGCCGGAAUAUCUCUACCAGAACCGCUGGACCCCGCCUUGCUGUCUACAGGCCUUGAGGGAGACGGCAAAGUACGUCAUCAACAUCUUGGAGACCUCCGGGGUGCGUUAUUGGCUGGAAGGUGGGACGCUACUAGGAGCUGCCCGACAUCAGGACAUCAUCCCAUGGGAUUAUGACGUGGAUCUAGGGAUAUACCUGGAGGACAUUCCCAACUGCGACCUCCUCAGAAACGUAGAGUCUGGCUCCAUCGUGGACGAGAAGGGCUUUGUUUGGGAGAAGGCCAUCGAGGGCGACUUCUACCGUGUGCAAUACAGCGAGCACAACCACCUGCAUGUUGACCUCUGGCCCUUCUACCCCAAGAACGGGCUGAUGACCAAGGACACGUGGAUGGACCACCGGCAGGACGUGGAGUUCCCGGAGCACUUCCUCAAGCCCCUGUUACCCCUGCCGUUUGCUGGCUUCACGGCUCUGGCGCCCAACAACUUCCGGAGCUUUUUGGAGCUGAAGUUCGGCGCAGGUGUGAUCGAGAAUCCAGAGUAUCCAAACCCAGCCCAGAAGAAGCUGGAUAAGGGGAAAUAAGCAAGGACUCUGGCUUCUGUCUCUGCAUUGGGGCCCAAGAGAGCAUUAGACUCUGAGGCCCAGGGAGCAGGGAUCCCUCUCUCUUGAACAUAUCACUGAUACCAACAGAAAGUAUGAACCAUGCUGCUGCUAAGGGAGCUGUCUGCCCACUGCUGCUGGUACGGCCCACUAAAGCCAGGAGAGUUUACGUUCACCUUUGGGGCUGGGGGGAUUGUCCGAAGGACUUGUGGCCGUUUGGAGGUCAGACACUUUGAACACCAAGACAGGACAAUUAACAAAGCAACCCAGGGGAGACCUCAUGGAGAUGCUGUCUCAGCGCGUCUCCCAAACUCCACAGGCUGUGGGCCUUGUGGGCCACAGCACCACAGGACGUGCUGCCCACCGAGUCUGACUGACAGUGCUCCCAGUGUCCCUGAUUGAUCCAGGCACGCUACUUAAGCCUGGAGGGAACACCAGGAAGUUGUUUGUGAAAGGCAGAUCCCCAGCCGGCUGCUAGGACAGACUUUGCUCCUACCUGGUUUCUAGCCUCGCCCCGGCCCUGCUGCAGCCCGUUCCCUAUCCUGGCAUUUGACUCCAGCUCUGAUCCUCGGCUCUGGUUACUGGCGUCUGACUUCGGCUCCACCCAUUAGGCCUAGCUGCCCAUGCCCUGGCUGAUCCCCGGCUCAGUUUUUGGAGUAAAAAGGAAAGGAGAAGGUGACAGUCGUUACAGCCAGGAGUUGGAAUAUUCUCAUUUAAAGAUUCAGUGGGAUGUUUCGGUUUAGUUUAAGCCUUUCUGUUAGAGCUCUGGGAACCCAAGCAGGGCAGCGCGGGAUUAGUGUGGGAGAACGAGGAACCAAAACGGCCUCUUAACAAGACGUGAAAAUAACCAGCCACAUUUCGUUGUCCCAAGCUGAACAAAGUGUAGAACCGUAACUAAACUGCCUCCACAGGGUAAAGGAAAUUGAGUUUAUUAACCCUUUGUUUUACUCAUGGAAGGCGUCAGGAGUAACACAAAUGCGAGAAUUUAAUAAGAAAAUCCCAGGCAUUUGCCCCUUGGUCGGGGGAACCAUCCAAAUGGGAGCCAGGAGACCUGAGUUCUAUUCUCUGACUCCCUGUGUGACGUGUAGGACAGCGUCCUUCCUCUCCCCUGUAGAAUGGAGCAAUAAUACUUCCCUCCCUCUCCCGUGGGGAAGCGCGAGGUUUGCUGUGUGUGUGUAACGCUGGGGAUCUUCAGCUGAAAGGCAAAGUCCUUAAUAUAAUUUGAAUACACUUACGGAACAUCUGGUCCAGCAGCCAGUGCUUAAAAAUCCUGAGAUUGGCGGAAGACUCGUGAGCUUUUAAAGAAUAGUAAACGUUGGGUUUCUUCA